AUGCACAAGACAUUAGGGAGCAUUGGAAGAAAUGCAGCUGCAACAGCUGCUGGUACUAUCGGUAAUACUAGUAAUGGUAAUGGUAGUGAUGCUACAUCUACAUUAGGUGUUUUUCAGAAUGUGCAUAUCAAACCUUUUCCUGUGCGUGCUGCGAUUGACAUUGGAACUGGGGGUAUGGCAUCACUAACAGUUGGACGUGUGGAUGCGGCACAUAAUGCUGUACGUGAUUUUAUGUAUCAGACACAGGUACCACUUUACCUUCAGUCUGCUACUUCUACGACAGCAUCGCACUCUUCUUCUUCUUCUUCCUCGUCUUCUUCCUUUGUAAUGAGUGAAGAGACGCGGAUUGACAUUCGCAACAAGAUGCGCCUUUUACAUGGUGCGUUGCGCCGUGAUAACUACGAUGGUCUUAGCGAGCGAGCGGCAGUCAUCUCAUGGCCGUUGUGUGAAGCGGCUGAUGCAGUAUCUCUAGCAGAGGAAUUAACACGCGAAUUUAAAGUGGAUGUACGUGUACUUGGAAAAACGUUUAACGUAGAAAUGCCCUUUUUAGGGUCUUCUGAAACCUCAAAUAGUAUGCAGGUUGUGAAUCUUCCUCAAAAAGAAAAUACUCGAAACUUCGUUAAAUGCAACAAGGAAACUUCUGGAAAUGAUAGCUUGCAAUUGCUUAUGCAACGUGUUGCACGUCGACGAGAGCGUCAACGUCAUAAUCCUCAGGAUCUAAAUGCAGAAGAUGAAGUAAGUUGUGUCGUUUCACCUAAACUGCAGAUGGAGCAACUUUCUUUUUUAGCACAUGCUGCUGUUAGCAAGUGUAUCGCUCCUCAACGCAUGCUGGUCCUCAUGGAAGAUUCCCACAGAGGUCUCUGUAUACUUGGAACUGAUACUACACCAUCAGAUGGAAAAGAAUCUAGUGAAGUUAACGAAAACAGCAGUAGAGAAGAUAUCAUUGUAUCAUCUGAAGAGACAAAUUCAAGUAAAAUGUUGUUACAUGUGUUACCUGUGGAUACUACUGUAGCCCAUCGUUUGUUACUUACAGUAGUACAACGUCGUGAUGGAGCCUCUGGAAAUAAUGGAGGACGGCGUAGCCCUAAUCCUGUUCUUCGCGAAGAAUUUCAACAACUUCGGCAUCUCUUAGAGGAAAUGGUAUGCCAAACGUUACCAGAAUGGGUAUUACUCAAGUCUCGUACUGGUGGUGUUAUAUGUGGAUCAAGUUUCAACGAUGGUGUGCUUAACAUUGCCGCACGGGUUUCACAGCGUACAAGCGUGUCUCUAGAUCAUCUUGAAACAAAUGCGCUAAUGCACUACUGUGGUCUUACAGAUAUAUUGUUAGCUGAAAACUAUACAGAUCCAACUGUUGUUCUGCCAAAUGCUGCCGUCGCCAGCGCAAUAAUGCGUGCCCUUGAGACGCGGCGCUUUGAGUAUCUGCCAGAGGUAAACGUCGCCGCCGCUCUUCUUAUUCAACCAUCUCUGUGGACAUACGGACGACGGGAACGUAUACGAGGAUCAUUACAGACAGACUCAUUCUACAGUGGUGGUAGUAAGCGUCGCACAUUUCGUCGACCACAUUCACGUGGGAAUCCUACUGCUUCACCAGAGGCAUCAUGGCAACAUAAUCAAUCAUGGAAUCCACUAUCAUAUGAGAAUAGCACUAAGGGAACAUGA